AGACGCGCUGUGACUACCAAGCACAAACUGCAGUCUCACUCGCCUCCCUCCUUCGCUCUUUCCCACCUCUUGUCUCCGUCUUUCUCUCCGUGUCCUCUCAACCCCAUUUCUGCUUUGAUUCAGAUUAUUUCCCAUCUCGUCGCUGCUCCUGCUGUGUCUCUGUCCUUCUCACUUCCUCUGCCUCCCUGUUGCUGCUGCUCCUGUACCUUGCUAGUCCAGUCCUUGCUUUCUCCAUAUCUCUCUCUCUCACUUUGCCUCACCCUGCAUCCCAUCCUACAAACCCACCCUGCCUCCUCCUCGUGGAGAUCUUCAAAGCUGACCAGCACACACUAGCUAACAUCACAGCACACGUCUGCGUGGGAAAAUCAUGUCAGCUGUUCUGGACCUAGACCAGGCUGCAUGCUCUGGCAGCGGAACGGAACAUGACAUUGAAACUCUGCAUGGUGUUCUCCAUGUGACCAUGAGAGGCGUUCCUAAGGGCAACAGACCCGUCAUUCUCACCUAUCAUGACAUUGGCCUCAACCACAAGUCCUGCUUCAACACCCUUUUCAACUAUGAGGACAUGCAGGAGAUCAUGCGGCACUUUGCAGUCGUGCAUGUGGAUGCACCCGGCCAGCAGGAGGGUGCACCUCCCUUCCCCAGUGGGUACCACUACCCGACAAUGGAUGAACUGGCUGAGAUGCUGCCGUCUGUGAUGACUGCACUUAAAGUCAGCAGUGUGAUCGGCAUCGGUGUUGGAGCAGGCGCAUACAUCCUCACUCGUUUUGCACUGAGCCAUCCCACCCUUGUGGAGGGGCUGGUGCUAAUUGACAUUGACCCAUGUGCAGAAGGCUGGAUCGAUUGGGCAGCUUCAAAGCUGUCUGGAUGGACCAGUAACUUGGUGGAUAUCAUCAUGGCCCACCACUUCAGCACCGAUGAGCUGACAGAGAACCAGGAAUUGAUCCAGACGUACCGGCUCCACAUUGCUCAAGACAUCAACCAAGAGAACCUGGCCCUCUUCUGUGGCUCCUAUCAAUACCGCCGAGACCUGGAGAUUGAGCGGCCAGCCGUUGGUCUGAAUGAGGACACAGUCCGCACACUAACGUGCCCUGCUUUGCUGGUGGUUGGUGACACAUCACCUGCUGUGGAGGCUGUGGUGGAGUGUAAUUCCAGGUUAAAUCCAACCAAGACUACAUUGCUGAAGAUGGCUGAUUGUGGAGGCUUGCCCCAGGUUGUGCAGCCAGGGAAGCUUGCUGAGGCCUUCAAGUAUUUUGUUCAGGGCAUGGGCUACAUUCCCUACGUUCUUCUCAGUCACCUGAGCAGCGAAUCAGUGCCAUCAGCAGGAAUGACUCGUCUGACCCGCUCGCGUACCACUUCCUCCUCCAGCAUCACCUCCAUGGAGAGCAGCCGCAGCCGCAGUAAUCUCAACACCCGGCUGGAGGGCAGCACCUCUGGGAACCUGGACAGCCAGGCCAGACCCCAGACCAUGGAGGUCUCCUGCUAAACUUCACUUGCACUGUCCCCAAAUAACAUACUCUAUGUAAGCUCCCCACCCCACCACCCCCGCGCCUGUCUCGCUUUUAUCCUGAUUAAAAGCAACACAAAAACAGGAUGAUGUGUAAUGGCCUGUGUGAUUAGCUGUGAGGAUGUCACAGAUAUAUUAAUAAAUAUUAUAUUGAUUAGACUGUCAAAGUCACAUGCCUUACAUGAAAGUAUAACUUAGCAAUGUCUUACAGUGGGCUCCCUACUACCGUACUUUGUAUUUAUUGUUUUCCUCUUAUAUUUUUGUUUGAAGUAUCUUCCAUGUACGCUGUCACAAUUCUGUCUUCUAAAUAAUUUCUGUUUUUUCCUCCCCAGUUGCACGGUUUUACCCUUUUAACAGAUGUUAUUUUGUAACCUGAAAUCAUGUGAUCUACAUUGUUCUUUCUAUCUUCGCGUGUUUUAUUUUCAGUUGUUAACAUAUGAUGUGACAGAGGGUUAAUAAUUUCAUAGAAAGGUUACUAAACCUCGUGUAGGCACAAAAAGAAGUUUGCAGUGCGUAGUUUCAGUUUCUGUGUUGCAGGUAAUGUCAGGAGAGGGUUUAAUGCACGUAGGAGCUAUUGCACAUUGUAAGUAGAGCAAAGUGUCUAUCAGGGAGCUUUAAGAUGUUUUAAACAAUAAGAGUGUCCAGUGUUGGGAAA